AUGCUCGGAGUUGUUUAUCGAGACCUUAAACCUGAAAAUGUACUUGUUCGAGAAGACGGCCACAUAAUGCUCUCAGACUUCGAUCUUUCUCUUAGGUGUGUUGUUUCACCUACCCUUAUCAGAACUCACGACAGCGAUGCUUCAAAUUGGGCAGCUGGUGGUGCAUUUUGUGUCCAGCCUGCUUGUAUUGAGCCUACAUCUGUAUGCAUCCAGCCUGUCUAUUUUAUGCCAAAGCUUUUUUCUCAGAAAAAUAAAAAACCACGAAAGCCUAAAGCGGAUCCUGGCCUGACAACUAGCGCACUUCCAGAACUUCUUGCCGAGCCUACAUCAGCCCGGUCGAUGUCCUUUGUUGGCACACAUGAAUAUCUCGCCCAUGAAAUAAUCAAAGGAGAAGGUCAUGGAAGUGCAGUUGAUUGGUGGACAUUCGGCAUUUUCUUGCACGAGUUAUUGUAUGGUAAAACCCCUUUCAAAGGAUCCGGAAACCGAGCUACACUGUUCAAUGUAGUAGGGCAGCAGCUCAAGUUUCCCGAGUCACCAGCUACGAGUUAUGCCAGCUGGGAUCUAAUCCGAGGUUUGCUUGUGAAGGAGCCACAGAACUGUCUUGGAAUGAAGAGAGGCGCCACCGAGCUCAAACAGCAUCCUUUCUUCGAAGGCGUGAACUGGGCGUUGAUUAGGUGCAGUACGCCACCGGAAAUUCCAAGACCAACAAACCAUUCUGCUAUCACCUGUGAAACCUGUACACAAAGCAAACCAGACGAAUUCUGCUUUAACUCCUCCCACACCAGACAGACAACCUGCAAUGCAACAAAAGAAACACAUAAAUGA